AUGACCCCGCAGCGGACCGGUUCUCCAAGCUCCCGGACGAUAAGCAGACCCGCCCAGCGAUGUUGGGACGGAUGCUUAUGCGGGGUUACAUAUCCAAUUUCCUUGAUAAGAAUUGUUGAUCAUGGGCAGGCUCCUUCUCGGCAUGUCAUUGCUUCGCAGAGGACGCCUCCCAACCAAUCGCAGAAUUUGCCUCACGAGCUACGCGUCGACACGCGAAGCACGCCUCACGAUGCCCAAGGCCAAGUUACGGACGAAGACUGGAUGCUCUACCUGUUAGUCCAUGUCAGCUCAUUUGUUGAUGGUUUAGGUGCUGAUAAAGAACGGGCAGGCAGAAAGCGGAGAGUGAAAUGCGGAGAAGAGCGCCCGAAGUGUCGCAACUGCGUUGCUUCAGGUCGUGGAUGCAUUUGGCCGUCGUCCGACGACAUGUACGACAGACGUCAUCGCUUUCGUCGAUCUUGCUCCAAUGAUAGGGCCCUGCCGUCGCCGUCUUCAUGUAGCGAAGACUCAAUCACUUAUCUGGAGCUGAGAGAACCUCCAGACCUUGAGCAAGAGCUGAUCCAUCACUAUCUCAAUGUUUUCCUCUCGGUGUUGUUACUUCCCACAGUGAGGGAAAGGGACCUGGAAGGCUAUGGAUCGCAGGUCAUGAGUAUGGUGCUUCGCUCGGAAAGCGUAAAGUGCGCCGUCCUGGCUGCGUGUGCUUCCAACAAGUACAUGCUUCUGAGGUCUCGAAGGUAUCAUGAUGCGGCGCUGGGGUACUAUUUCCGGGCGGUGGAGCUGGUCAACCGCGCUCUUCAUGACCUGGGUACAUCUGCCAAAGGCCCGGAUGAUCCCCUGCUGACCACCGUCGUAUAUCUUUACUUGUAUGAUUUGUGGGGGCCACCCGACGAGACUCUGGAUGCAAGAAAGCAUGUAGAUGGUGCCAUGAACCUGCUCAAGCUCCGAUACGAGGACACUAGCUCACCCAUGUCGAUGUCACGGCCGUUGCAUCGAAUCAACACAGAGAGCGUGCUUUAUCAGGCGUUUUUGCUCGCAAUGCGAAAACCGUUUGCACCCAACUUUCACGUUGAUGAGCAAUUCCUUGAUCGGUCCGAACAUGUCCUCAACGCGAGAAAUCUCAUUGAUAUCUUACCCGAGGAUUUCAGCCCCGUGUUGGGCUUACCGUUGCCACUUUACCGUCUGAUCACAGACCUCAUUGACUUUCUCAACUCACCCAAGCAUCCAACUGAUGCGUUCCUGACCCGGAUGAGAGAGGAGAUGGACACAUGGGAAGGCUUUGUGCUGGUCGAAGAUGGGACAGUCAACUACCCUUGGUCCAUGACAAGCUUCCAUAAAGAUGCGGUUACCCUCUUUGUGUUAGGCGCGUCCCUGCUACUAGACUACAUCGCAGAGUCCUCAACUGCUGUGUCCACGUCAGCGACCCGGAUCCAAAGAGCUCCGCAAAACAGUUGGAUACCAUUGCAGGAAGCAUCAGACGGUCCUAGAUGGCAAGUGAAUCGUGCAUUUGAGAUCCUUCGCCGACCAGCUGCGUAUGAAACUUGGACUCGAUGCUUCUUGGGGGCUUGGCCGAUGCUGAUACUCGGCUAUUCCGUCACUUCAUUCGAGGAUAUCUCACUGAUCCGGCGUGUUCUGACGCAAAUGGUAGAGCGUAUGGGGUAUGGGGAGAUUCAAAGGAUCCUCGAUGAUCUGGAAGGAGUCUGGACUUUUCGAGCUGGUUGUCAGGACUCAGGUGGGCUCGGAAUUCCAACCGAGUCUUUGGGGAUGAGUGCUGCUGGGAGGACUUGUUCUGUCUGA